AAGAAACAAAAGAUUUGUAUCUGACGUCGCACAAGAAUUGUCGCUACUUGCAAAUCAUAUAAACACAAUUCAUUAUCAUUCGUCAAUUUAUCACUUCGCAUUUGUACAUACAAACUACAAUGUCGGCGAUGCAAGCGGCCAACAAGCUCCGGACGGCCUUCACCAAGGGCGCCGGCCCCAGUUUCGGGUUGUGGCAGAUGAUUCCCGGCGCCAACGUCUCGCGGGUGCUUGCCCGGAGCCCCGGCGUGGAUUGGAUCUUGGUCGAUUGCGAGCAUGGGAACAUUGACGAUGGCGCCAUGCACGACGCUGUCCCUGCCAUUGCGGCGGCUGGUGUAUCUCCCAUUGUGAGGUUGCCAGACAUGCAGAGCUGGAUGGUGAAGCGUGCUUUGGAUUGCGGUGCUCACGGGAUCCUCGUUCCGCUGCUCCGAACCGCCCAGGAGGCAAAGGACCUGGUGCAGUCGGCCAAGUUCCCGCCGUGGGGACGACGCGGGUUCGGAUCACCUCUCGCCAUGGAGCGCUUCAGCCCGGCGCCCAGCAUGACGGAGUACCUGCAGCAGGCCAACGACAGCCUGCUGACGAUUGUGCAGAUUGAGACCAGGGAGGCGCUCGAGUCCAUUGACGAGAUCGCGGCGGUGGAGGGUAUCGACGCGCUCUUCAUUGGUCCCUUUGAUCUUGGAAACAACAUUGGCCAUCCGGUGAUUAACGGCGUCAUCGAAAAGGAGCUGAGCGAUGCUAUUGAGCGCAUCCUCGAGGCGACGCACAAGGCGGGUAAGAAGGCCGGCAUCUUCUGCACGAGCGGCGAACAGUCCAACUUCUUCGCAGAUAAGGGGUUCGACAUGAUUAGCGUGGCGACGGACUACACGGCAUUGCAGUACACAGUAUCGGAGUCAUUGAGCAUAGCCAGGGGAGGGGCGAAGCCGGCCAAGGGUGGAUCGUACUGAGCGACGCCGUAGGAGAUGCCUAAAGAUUCUCGAGUGUAGAAGGGUAUCGAAUAUGGUAGAGGAGUAGGCUGUGCUGCUUGGUUGGUCGAACUCUUGGCUCUCCCGUUGGCUACCUCCUAUGAGCCAAGCAACGCUGCGGCCGCUCUGAAUGAGUAAAAAAGACAAUCUUCACAGAGUUUACUUUCCUCCCUCUACUUGAUCCAUCUUGGCUUCGAUCUGAUCUGGGUCGAAUCGAUGCAUGAGCUUGACAGCUUUGCCCACGAGUUUGACAUCCUCCUCAGGGGCCUCGGCUUUGCUAAUGUGGAUCUGGGGUAAAGGGGCGCACGUC